GUGGCUCUCCUUUGUCCUCGACACGCUCGAUGGGCAAUGCUCGCAUCUCAGCCGGGGCCCACCAUCUCUGAUCUCCCCUGCCCCCGCUGCUACCGCCGCCGCCGACGUCGACGGUCUACCCUCUUCUCUUCCGUCGUAGUCGCCGUGUCGGUCGGCAACUCGUCUCGUCGCGGGUAGGCCUCGAGAGAUGCACUCCAGCCCCCCUCUCCCCACUCCUGCGAGUCUUCUUCUUUAGUGAGAGGACACGAGCCUGGCUACUUGCAGCCGACGAGACCCCAGAUCAACCACAAUGACGGCAUCCACGAGCCGCCCAGGCUCUCCCGUGCCCGUGCCCAUACCCAUGCCCUCCGCCUCAUCGCGCCUCUACCUCUCAGUCGACUGCGGUGGGUCCAAGACAGCUGCAGCCGUUGCGGACGGCCGCGGUGUCAUCCUCGGCCGCGGCCUCGGCGGCGCAGCCAACUACACCGACGUCGGUCUCGGCAACUUCCUCCGCAGCGUCCGCAACACCGUCGACGCGGCCAUGUCCGCCGUCGCCGCACACGCAUACACACGCACCGCCCAGUCGCCCGAUGACGAGGCGGCCAUCGUCAGGGACAAGGCGAUGCAGUGGAGCGCGCAGAGCAAAGCGUGGCGCCGACAUCGUUACACCGCGUCGACGGGCAGCGGCACCUACGUUCAUGAUGGCGGGACCGGCGCCUGCAACAGCGUCGGCGACGGGCACGCGGCCCCCGAGCCGUCCUCUUUCGAUGACGAGGGUUCCGGCGCCCCGCGUUUCUCGUUGCCCAUUUCCAACUCAGUCCUGUUCAGCUCACAGCAGCAGCAGCGGCACGCGCGACCGCCGCCGCCACCCCCGCUAAUCUUCGAGGCGGCGUGGUUCGGCAUCGCGGGCGUCGACUCGCCCGCGGACGUCAUGCGCCUGUCCCCUCACCUGGCAUCACUCCUAUCGCUGCCGCACCCAUCACCGCGGCUCAUCGUUGCAAAUGACACGUCUCUGCUCGCGGCACCAGUGCACGACGCCGCGUUCCCGGGUACCCGCACGGGCGUCGUCACUAUCGCGGGCACCGGCAGCAUCGUCAUGAGUUACCGCCCAGACCAGCAGGGCGGCGGCCUGCGUACCAUCGGCCGCGCCGGCGGCUUUGGCUGGCUCCUUGGCGACGAGGGUAGUGGCUACGCCGUCGGACGAGACGCCGUACGCAAGGUGCUCGAACAGGCCGAUCGCGAGCGCAUACAGCGUGAUUACGCCAUGCACGCGUCGUGGCACGAAAAGGCGCCCGGCCUGCAACCACAGCCGCAGCAACAGCAGCAAGCUCCUUCUUCAUCAUCCCCCACCGCCACCGCAGCACCAGGACCAGCAGCCAAGCGUCUGGGGCUCGCGGCCAACGGAAGCUCGACGUUCAGCGCGUCCUACCCGAGCACGUCAUCUGCGACGACGGCAUCGCUCAACAUCCCCGAGCGCAGCCUCAAGCUCGCAGACAUGUCGCAUGCGCUGCGCGAUCGCAUCUUACAGGCGUGGGGCCUGCUGAGCACCGACGGUCUUUUUAACGCCGUGUACAGCGCCGCGUCACCCCAGCUCGCCACCAGGGUCACGCAGGCGGCCCCCCGGGGUGUGAACAGCCCCGUUGCGACAGCCAAGGCUCCGCCGCUAGGAGACGCGGAGGGUGCCGACGACAACGAUAUAGGCGGCAAGGCCAAAGGCACUGCCGAACCUGAUGUACCGGCAGGGUCCGUGCCGAUUGCCAUUCCGGGAGGAAAUGGAGGAGCAGGGCAAGGACACGACACAGCUUGCGAACAGGUCCGCCUGUUCCCAACGAAAGACUCUGCGCAGCUGAUCCGCGCCAAGGCACCCGAACACAUCAAGCUGGACCUAUCCGAGCGCCUGUCAUCCAAGAUGCUACUCCCGCCCGAUGCGCCAGGCGUCGAUCUGGAGCUCGAGCGCAUGCACUCGCCCGUCCCGCCGCUCAGCACGUCCCGGCCUGCCACGCCGGUGAGCAGUAGCGAAAGCGAGGCGAGCAGCAGCGAGGGUACCAGCGGUGCUGGUGAUGCCAGAGCUGAGCUCGGCGAUGGGCUCGUCGAUGACCAUGACCAUGAUGAUGAUGCGAACAUAUCCAACGUGCUCGCUGGAGCAGCCAUCGUCGGUACUGGCACGGCCGCUGCAAGGGCAAGGGCAGACGCGCUCGCGACCGCGCAUGGACAGCAACAAUUGCCAAGUACGCGCCUGGGGUCCUCGGGCAUAGCAGCCGACAUAACCAGUUCCAGCGUCACCACGACGACGACCAAUGGGCAUGCGAAAGAUGUAUCCUUAACCCCUACGAGCACGACCCGCCGCCUGACGCUGCGUCGUCGGCACUACGGCCGCGGGCACGGCCAGGCGGGCUCCAGCGACGAUGCGAAGAACAUGGACCUGGCGGCUACCGGCGAGCGUGCGCAGCAGCAGCAGAAUCACAAGCACACAUUGUCCAAUGGUUCUGCCCAUUCACAAGCGCAGGCGGAAGAUCUACAUGCGCACGACGAGUGGUCGGAUUCGUUUCAAGCGCGCAAGCACCGCUUGGCCUCACUGGCGCCCAUCGUGUUCCACCUCGCCUUCAACCGUGACGAUGCGCUCUCGCUCGAGAUUCUUCGUUCGCAGGCGCGGCAGAUCGCGCUGCAGAUCCUCGACGUUGUCCGACCCGACGGGCCGUCGCACUGCCAUCUGUCCACCGACGAGAGCGUGCUGUGCAUGGGCGGCAGCCUGUUCGGCGUCGAGCGGUACCAGCACCUGCUGAUCCAGGAACUCGCAAAGUUCAAUGUGCACUUUGCCAGGCAUGUCUUCAUCCACGACCCUGCGCGGGGAGGCGCGACGGCGCUCGCGUGCAUCUGGGAGGACAAGUACAAGCAAACUGAGACGGCACAUGGUUAGACAGAGAUUAUCGAUCGUUAGGAUUGCAUGUUGUAGUGUAGAAUGGCAAAUUACUUUACUCCUC